UUCUUUUCUCUUGCUAGUUUGUAUCUUUCUUCUGCUGUUGGGAUUUUUCUACAAUCCGUUGACCAAUGAUUAAGGUUACAAAAUGGACAUGGCCACUUUGGUUUACUUCUUUCUUCUUGCUUUGGUUGAAUUUGGUUUUGUAUUUUUACUUCUUUUUUCUUUGGUUCUUCCUUUCUUUGUUCUUUUGUUGUGUAUUGCAUUGUGGUUUUCCCAAAUUUAUAUGGUGUUUUUUGUCUUUUAUCUUCGUUAAUUUCUUGAUGUGAUUCUUUGUAUACUUCGUUUACUGCUUGCUCUUCUUUUAUGAUUUCUGCCAAAUUUUUUAUUAAGAUUUCUGUAUUCCAUUCGUUUGAUUGUCUCUUCUUACUUAGCAUUUGCCUUAAGACGGCUUUGCUUAAUUUUUGCUCUAUCAUUAGAGAUAUUGCUGGAAUAUUUAUUGUUUGUUUGUGUGUCUUCAUUAAUCGAUUUAUUCUUUGUAAGUCGCGUAACAAUUUUAUGUCGUCGUUAAAAUUUUGACUGGUCUUUAAUCCUAGUAAUUCUUUGUUUAAUUUUCUUAUUUGUGUUUCUUCUUUCUCA